CUGGGAAGAAGCUAUGCUUGGGGUUGGUCCUGCUUUUAGCAGGGGGUUGGACUAGUUGUUUUCCUGAGGUCUCUUCCAACCCUAAUCUUCUAUGGCAUGAUUCUGAGAGACCUCGGGAAGGGGGGCGAACCUUUGUGCCAUUUUAGCUUCCCGGAACUCAUAACCCUCUCACCCAGCGGCCUGUAAUUGGAAUUUGGCAAGAAGCGGCCUUAAACCUUCCUGCCUGUGAUUGGUCUGCUUUGGUGUCAGUCAGCUCACGGUUGAAAGCAGCAGGGGAAGGAAGAGGAGGGUGCGUGCUCUGCAGCCGUCUCCUGGCUAGAGAAGUGGUUGCAAUGUGCGAAGAAGGCCCGCGGUUCAGUGUUAAGGAAUACAGAUUUACGAAAGAGCAGGAUGAACAAGAAAGAGAAGAGCCGACUCAAGAACUGGUGGUACUGAUUCCUGAGAUCCUGGAUUCCCAAUAUGGCAUGUACGUUUGGCCUUGUGCUGUGGUUCUUGCUCAGUACCUGUGGUUUCACAGAAGAAUGCUACCUAGCAAGAGAAUUUUGGAGAUUGGAGCAGGUGUGAGCCUACCUGGUAUAGUAGCUGCUAAAUGUGGUGCUGAAGUGAUACUGACAGAUACUGAAGAGUUGCCUCAGUGCUUGGAGAACUGUGAGCGAAGCUGUCAAAUAAAUAACCUUCUAGGGAUACACAUUAUAGGACUCACAUGGGGACAAAUAUCUCCCAAUCUGCUCUCUCUGCCUGAAAUAGACAUUAUUCUGGCCUCUGAUGUAUUUUUUGAGCCUGAAGAUUUUGAAGAUAUUUUAACUACUGUGUAUUUCUUGAUGAAAAGGAAUCCAGCUGCUCAGUUCUGGACUACUUAUCAGGUCCGAAGUUCUGACUGGUCUAUUGAAGCUUUACUAUACAAAUGGAAGUUGAAGAAUGUCCACAUUCCCUUGGGGUCUUUUAAUGCUGACAAGGAACAUUUGGCUAACUCUCCUCUCCCAGGAAGGCACACUAUAGAAAUGAUGAUAAUCUCCCUAUAAGAAGCAACCUAUAUCUAAGUUUUUCAAUUAAGUAUGUUGGCUUGAAGCAUGGAUUACAAAAAACUGUUUCCUUCACUGAUCCUUCUAAAAAUGGAUUUAUCAUGCUCCACAUUGUAGCAUGAGGGGCAUUUCUCUUUACACACUGUAUGAGUAAGAUCUGUUGAAAGUGUUCAGCUAAUUACUUAAGUUAUGUUAACAAUGGAAUAAAAAUGAAUUUUGCUUCUAUUUGAAUUGCAUUGCAGCUACAGGACAAAGGUGUUAUGAAGUUCUGGCAAAAAAUUAUAUACAUAUUCUAGCUGAAGUUAUAAUGGCUAAAUUGUAGUUUCUUUAAUGUAAAAACCUGACAGCUACUAUACCUAUUUUCCAAUUAAAGUUAAUUCACUAGACCUUAAUGCUCUUGAACCAUGUUCGUGUCAUGCAGAUAAUCCUUUAUUAUAUGCACAGCAAGAAUUGUGAUCAAAAUUUUAAUUCAGCAGCCCACAAUUUACUGUAGACAUUUUAGUAUUAAUAGUUUUGGAACAGGUAUAUCUUGUUCAAUUUAAGCACUUUAAAUGGAAUGCAGUCUUCAAAGUACAGAGGAAAUCCUCAGAUAAUGUAAUCUUCAGAUUUAACUGGGAUGAGUUAAAAAAACCUUUAAGCACAUUAACAAAAUGCUGUUAAAGUGGUUUUCUAUACUGUAUAGUAUUUAGAACUUCAGUGAACUUCAUUCAAUACUUCAAGAUUAGCAACUGUCACUUAAGCUGGCACAAAGGCAAAUCAGUGCUGGUUACUUAUUCUUUUAACAAACAAGUCUAAGCAGCCAUUUGGCCCCUUGUUUCAAUAUUUCAAGUUUGUAUUACAAAAAAGCCUUAAAAUUGCUAAAAUGAUGCACUAAACUUUAUAUUUGAAAUUAUUCCUUGUUAAAAUUGUAGUCUACCUGGUUUAAAGAAGUCAAAGUUAAACAUUCACAGUGUAAUUGCUGAGAUUUUAGUAAGCUAAAAAUAAAUGCAGACUCAGACACUAAAUUGAGAAAAGUCAACACCAAGAAAAAUGUUUAAUAGUAACUACAGGGACAGUGGUUAUAGUACAUGUCAUAAGCAAAAAAAAAAAAAAAA